ACAACAGCGGGAAGCUCAUUGUAAAUGAGCGUUAGUAAACGAAAAACAGCUGUUACUGAUCACUGAAUUAAUUUCUUGCGUUACUGAGCGAGAUCCAUGGUAUAAUCUUAAGUUAUAGGAAUGGCUAGACAGCGAUGCAUAAUUAUUGUACUUGAGUUGUUCGUACAGCAGAUGUCAUUAUCGCUACAGACAAGGAAGAAGCGUAAAAUCCAUUAAAAUAUUCUCCGACGCGAUAUUGAUGCGCAUUUGAAAGGAUUAAAAUGACUCAGAAUAAUACAGUUACCAAUACAGUGGCCAAUAAUACAGUUUAUAAAAUGAGUCGCUAAACUACGCCUGAGAUGAGGUCGUGCAUUAAAGGCGAUAAGUAUGGAAACCGGACUCGUUGUGAAAAUUGCGCAAACUGGAAACUUGAUGUGAAACACUAUCAAAAUUGCCAGGUAUCGUUAAAUGAAAUCAGUUUAUGUCGUACAUUUUAUGUUAGAUGCAAGGCCGUUGAACCAGCCGGCGAGACGAGUUCGCGAGUAAUAAUGCCAGACAUUGCUUAAUGUUUUUUAUUUGUUCUAUGAAUUUAGGAGCCGAUAAUUGUCGGGUGCGCAGCAUAUGACAUUCAAUGUACGAUUCCUAUUAUCGCGAUUGGGCAUAUAUGAUUGUACAAAUUUAGAAAAAAACGUACCUUGUCACUCGUUUAACUAUAAGUUCGAUUGAUAUUUUGUUGACUGUCGCAAGCAAAGGGACUCGGAUUGGUAAAGCAUCAUUAGAAAUUUAAGUAGAUAUUGAACCUUGGGUGUCGCUGCUCGAUAACCAUUCUUGGUUUUCCACGGCAUUCCUUCCCCAGUAAAAUGUGUGUUUAAUUUUAUUUUUUGUCAAUUUCGUAUAAAUAUUAUUUACUGGGGGAAAAAAUAAACUUGAUUUGACUAUGCAUACUGCUUUACGUCCGGUAGUGUCUUGUAAUUAGAAUUUAGUAUUUGCGAACCACCGGGCUUUGAAUUUCUUUGCGAUGUAAUGAAUACUGUAUGUUGCAUAGUCAGUAGCAAACCAUUAGCGAGAGAACUAGUUGCGCGUACAAUUUAGCUUUUCCUAGAUUAAAAGGAUUUGUUAGUUUUUGAUAAUUGAUAAUUCAUUUUUUUGCAAAUAACUUGAAAAAAAAAAAACACAUGAAAUGAAUUGGAUUGUAAAAUCAAUAUAAAUAAUGUCGUUCGCAAUUUCUAUUCCCGCCAAUAGCCUUUAAUCGAUCCAUCGAAUUUUGUUGGACGCUGAGAAAGGGCGGUUGUUUGAAAACUGCAUCAGCGUUUUUGCGAUUUCACCUGUCACAGAGUUCUCUUUUCUUAGUUUUGCAGCCGAUUAUUUCUUUAAAUUUGGAGUUUUGACUUAAAAAUCUCUCUGCUGGAAUGAGUACCACGGAUGCCUGUGGAGGGGAAUAUGUGGAGUUGAUGGAUGUUUCAACUGAAAGGCGACAUGCAGUGCUGCCAGUUCGUUCAUUGCCUGCUAGAAGAUUGUCGUCUAGAUUGCAUGGCGGCUUGGUUGCUGGAAAGGAAAACGACCUGAAUCGUAGACCUUGUAGAGCGUCAUUGUAUCGAGAUAAAGUACAUAGAGUGAAACUAGACCCUCUGCAGCCACUAACAAACCCGUAUCGGAUGUCUAAACAUGACCAAAUGCCUGUCAGGGUAUUCCCCCUCCCAUCGCUGGCUGAAAAUGAAUCCACAGAACAGAAUUUUACUGAAAAGAAUGAAACUAAAAUAAAAUGGGCUGAUUGCUUGACGACAAAGAACCGUGCAAUCAGUUAUGAUGAUUUACUGAUGACAUCAUCACAUCGUUACAUCACAAGGAGUUCAAUGAAGCAUAUUAAAGCCCAGACUACUAAUUUAGAUGAAAGUAACUUUUCUCUCUCAAGCAAUGAGGAGAAAACACCUGAGUUAUCACAAACUUUGACUCGAAAUAAACUCAGAUCGAGUAAAACACGGCGAUAUAAACAACGAUUUAAUUUUGGAAUUUUCACAAAAAAUUCUCGGAAUAAAAGUAGAAGCGAAUUCAUGCUGAAUGAGACUGAAAAACUUAAAGGAUAUGAAUAUUCGAGAAGGACAAAAGCUGAGAAAACCAAUUGUAUGAAUAAUGAAGUUGCGAAAGCUACAUCUCCAGUUAAAGGAAAUCUGAAAAGGCAGAGAAGAUUGUCAAGUAUUCGGAAGUUACAUCGAAAAUUUACAAAGGAUGAGAAAAAGUCGGUUGAAAGUCUAGAAGUUUGCAGUAAACCGUCGCCUUGCAAAAGAACAAGCGAAGUUAUUUGCAACAAAAUGUGCGAAGAUUUAGAAAACAACAACAACCAAACGAUGUCUCUUCGUGAUGUUCUUAAAAAUAAAGAUCUUUGUGAAGAAUUCCGUCUGUUCCUGUCCAAUGAACACAGCGAUGAAAAUCUUGACUUUUGGAUCAUUUGUGAGAAGUACCGAACCGUGACUGCCACACUUGACCGAUCAAAUCUUGCCGAUAUAAUUUUUCGACAAUUCUUAGGAAGUGGAGCUCCUCGAGAGGUAAACCUCGAUGCCAAGACCCAGACUUUGCUGGAUUCGAACCUCCGGCACCUGGAUCAAAAAUCAUUUAUACCGGCUCAGGAUUGCAUUUAUAAAUUGAUGGAGGAAGAUUCCUUCAGGAGGUUUUGUUGGACAAAAAACCCUAAAAGAACGAAAAGAUGAAAACCUGUUGCCAGAUAUUCCCAUUGGUGGGAUGGAUUGGUUAAGUUCAAGUCCAUGGCAAUGAGGUGGUGUUCGACCAUGGCCUAUAUGUAAUCAGGCCGGCUUGCAAGCUCCCUCCCCCCCCCACUCGACAAAUGGGACUGGACAUGUCUAUAUAUAAUUAGGCCAGCUUUCCUCUCCCCCUCAACAAAUGUGACUGGACAUGUCUAUAUAUAAUUAGGCCGGCUUGCCAACUUUCCUCUCCCACUGGACAAAUAUGGAAAGUUCAAUCUAAAUAGAUGAGCAUUGCCAGAGCAAUUUGAAAAUUUGUUCAAAACACAAAUCAAAUUGAAGUGAAUGUUCCAUGUCUAUGUAUUUGUUUGCUCUGAGCAAGGGUUCGAGCAAGCAAUCAUUGUGAUCUGAACUUGUUUUGCAUUAAAUUCUUAUGAACUGAAAGGAAAAUGACUCGUAUAAGUAGUUUUCCUUCUAUCACUGUAAAUUUGUCACUUGCCAAGUUUUUCAUGGCAUUUCAGCACAAUUCCUUCAAACAAGGCACUUGAUUUGGCGCUCUAGAAGUAUGUGUACCAAUAUGGAGGUAACUAAUUUUGUUUGCCUAUAUUACAUCAAGUUGUGUAAAGGGACUGAAACCUAUGGGUAGGGGGUAUAUUCACUUGGCUAACACAGACAGUCCCCGAACUCGUAAUAGAACUAGAAUGAGGAAAACUGAAUAAAAUUAUGGCCUAACCCUAACCUGGUACACAGACUACGGGAGUACUCGUGACUGAUACUUGGAAGGUACAAGCUCAACUUGAAUUAUCAUUUUGUAUCAAAAAGGGUUAAUCUGGGACAGGAGAAUUAAUCCUAAAUCAUAAUUUCAAAUAUUCUAUUCCUUUAAAUUCUUUUUUGGUGGUCCUGUAGUAUGCAUACCAGGUUAGGGUUCGUCCAUAUUUAUUCCGAUUUUCCUUAUUUUAGUUCUAUUACCAGUUCGGAUACUGUCUGUGUUAGCCAAGUGAAUAUACUCCCUGUCCAUAGGUUUCAGUCCCGUUUACACAACUUGAUGUAAAGUAAGCGAACAAAAUUAGUUACCUCCAUAUUGGUACACACACUUCUGGAGCGUGCAGUCAAGUGCCUUGUUUGAAGGAAUUGUGCUGAAAUGCCAUAAAAAAUUCGGCUUCUGGAGCGCCCAUGUUUUACCAACAUCCCACAAUAGUCUAUACACCGUUCAUGGCCUCUUUUCACCCCGAGCAAGGCUCUAGACAGCAGUGACUUAUAUGGAGCUACUGUUGAUGGAUUCUUUCCAGCGCAGGAUUGCUUGACCAAUUCACUAUAUCCUGGGUGAAGUGGCAUGGUGUGAUAACCCACUUGAUAAUCCAAACAUGCUGAUGGGUCAAGGUAUAAUCCCAAGAUUUUCAAACUGACACUAAAAAUUCAGAACUGAAGCUCUAACCCAGGGGUGGGCAACAUACGGCCCCGGCCCGCAACGAGACUUUGACCGGCCCGCUGACUGUACAUUACAUUAUUACACUAUUAGUACAUUAUGAUAAAUUCAUUAUGUGUUUUUGGUCUCUAUUUUUUGUACAGUUUAAACUUUACUUUAAACCCGAUUCAUAACUUUCUUUAUUGCAUUAGCGGAUAAAUAUGUGAUUAAGAUAUUGAAUACUAUUCAUUUUAUAAUCCGGCCCACCGAGGACUUCAUUUUCCCACACCCGGCCCGCCGACCAGAGAAGUUGCCCACCCCUGAGCCCUUGUACCCCCAAAAUGCCAACUAGCGCUGUUUAUAACCUGCUCAACCAUGACUGAAUUUCAAAUGCUGUGAUUGCACUAUUAUUUUUUUUUUCUCUGACGAUAUUUUCUUUGUUUGUCACCAAUUUGCACAUUUCUGAUUAUUAGAGGCAAAUUUAUAUACAAGUCUUUCUUAUAUGUCUGUGUAUUACUGCUUGUGCAUGGGUGGCUACUUGUAGCUUUUGUAAGUGUUGUCCUACAGAUUUCACUCUAAGCCUGCCUGAUCCAUUUGACCAAAUUCUGACUCAAACACCGACUUGAUAACAAUCAAUAUAACCUGACAUGGACAAACUAUGACUCCCGAGCCAAAUCCGGUCCAUUGUGUAAUUCAAUCUGACCCGCCUGAUGCUGCUACAACCAAAGUAAAGCCAAAUUUUGAUAUUUUAGCUAAAAAAUAACCAAAGGAAUUUGGUUAGGAUUAAAUAUAGUUUUGUUGUGAGGCUUAAUGUUUCAAUUUUUUCUGUUGUAUCAUUGUGAAUAUUGUUCAUAAAAUGUAACUUUUUAGGUCA